AUUUGAAAUUUACCAUGUGUUAAAGCCAAAGCAUGUGGUUAAUCUAUCUUCUUGAAAUAGCAUAAUUUAUAUUAUUUUAAAGAAAUUGGAUAAUUGAAUUGCUACCCAUCGAUCACAAUAAUAAUCCUCCUGUUGUUUGAAGAAAAAGAUGGCUGACCGUGUUGCCGCUGAUGUUAUUUAUAAAUCUCUCGUUCAAAAUGAUGAUGCAUUAACUCAUUUGCAGCAUUUUGUUCGUCAAGCCGAAGAGUUUCAUGCUAAAGAUUCUGAUUAUGAUGUUGUAAAAGAAUAUUUAAAGUUAUCUGGUAAUUGCCAUGAGCUAGGACAGUAUGUGAAAGAACUUGCUACAUGUGACUCUCACCAUGCUAUGGCACUACUGGAUACUAUGUGUCAUAUUCUUAUACGUUUAGCAAGUGAUUUGUCAAUGUUUAUUGCUGCAGGAACUUCAAUUGUCAAUGAAAUGCUGUCAUAUGGAAUGAAAACUAUAUUUAACUUUUUGAAAAUGAAACAAAAGUCAUCAAGAACAAAAUCAGCUCUACAUUUGCUGACUGCUAUGAUUGCUUUAGGAAACCAAACAGCUCAUCAAGUUGUUGCUAAAUUGAAUUUCUCCAAUCCUGAAUAUCUUCAUUUAUUGAAUAGGACAAAUUUUUCAGAAGAUGAGGAUGUUAGAACUGCAUUUUUAAAUUUGAUUGUUUUGGUUAUUACUGUUUGUAAUAACAGCAUCAUUCGACAGAUUGUGGAAGUGAAAGGUUUCUUGAAUAGUAUAUUACCUGGGUUAAUAUCAGAUCGUGUAUCAACAAUAACACUUGUCUUGAACACUUUUCGACAAUUUAUUAUUGAAAAUAUUAAUAUCCCAAAGACUACAAAACUUCAUCUAUUUAAUGAUCAUUCAUUAAAGCCGAUUAUUCAAUUAUAUACUUGGAAAGGACCUGUUAGAGUUAAGAAACAUGGAAAGAGGAAGCUAGGAGAAGAAAAAUAUUCUGUAGCAUAUGAUGUAAGUGAUGAAGAAUUAGUUGAAGUCCAAACAUGUGCUCAUGAGUUCAUGUCAGCCCUGUGUUGCUCUCACAAACAUGGAAUCAUAUUUACAGAUUUGUCUUGUGGAACUUCUGGAAAAAAUUACAAUAUUGUAAUCACAAACAUUCUGAAGUCUUUCACCAAACCUUUCUCGGAUCCUCUAAUGUCUAGCUUUGUUAUAUCUGUCUUACAAGCUUGUCCAGAUCAACUAAAACAGUAUUUAGUUGUGUUCAAGGAUAGUUUUGUGCCAAGGCUUUCUACAUCAUGGCUGAAUGUUGUAGAUUUUUUGGAAAAGAUUUUAAAAUCCCAAAAUAUAGUUACAGUGCUGUUUAAGACAGAAGCUAAAAGACCUGUUUCUGCAUUAGUGAGCAUAGCGAAGACAUUUUGUCUACUAGAUGUUUUAAUAACUUCUGAUAUUUCUGAAGUUUUUGUUAGUGGACACCGUGUUUUGUGCUACCAUUUGAGUCGAUUUUUGUUGAGUAUUUUAACUCAAAUAGAGGCUGUUGCAAAGUUUUGUGAUCACCCAGACUCAACAAACAUUCCUUAUGAAGCAUCUGAGUUGUUAAAUUUCAAACUUUUAUUUCUAUCACUGGUGUUCCCAUGUUUUCCUGCUGCGGACAAACUUCAGAAGUACUGGCAUAAAAUAACUUAUGAAAAUUCAGAAAUUCUUCAAGAUGAAGCUGUGAAAGAUCUACCAAUUCCAACUUUUUCUGAAGAAUUAUCAACACUGAUUGAAGUGAUUAAAUAUUAUAAAACAUUCUCUUCUGAACUGAAUAGAGAAUUUGACUUUGAUUUGCCUCAUAUGCUUAAUGGUUUAAAGAUAUGCAGUUCUGUCUUAUCCAGCUGUGAUCUUAGUAAAGUCUAUUCUAGUGUUAUUGAUUUUUGUUCAAAGGAGAAUUCCACUAGUCUUUGGAAUAAGCAAAAAGUGUUUGACUCACCUCUACUUCUAAUUCGUGAUAUUUAUUUGGAGGCACAUAAAUCAAAAGAAUUUUCUGGUGUGAGGGAUAUUUUAUAUAAAAUUCUUUUAUGCACAAAUGUUUUUGUUGGUUGUCAAUGGGAAAUUGAUCUGUGGUUGGAAGCUCUGGAAUGUGCAAAAUCAAGACAUAUUCCUAUAAUUUUUGAUUUUAUCAAUGAAACUAUGCAUUUGCUGUUGAAACAACAAAACAUACAUAUUGGCGAUCAUGAAAUGCCAGAUGUGAUUGGAAUAAAAAAUGAAAAAAAUGAUGAUAUUAAUGAAAAUAGUGCACUAGAAGAUAAUGAGGUCCUUUACAUUGCUCCUGAUCAAAGAAGUUUCAGCAACUUUGUUGUAGCAGCAUUUCAGACUCUACAGUCUUUACCAGAAAACAAAACAAAAGGUUGUCAAAUGUUUGUGGAAAAAGCUCUGGAUCCUUUAAUGCAUUAUCAACACUCACCAAAGAAUUUAUUCACUGCUAUUCAGCAAUAUAAACCUAUGAUAACUCCCUAUUUAUAUGAAUAUUGGAAAUUUCUUUCAUCUGCAAGUGAGAUUAAGGUUCCUUUUGAAAGUCUAUGCUUAGAAAAUUCUACUUGCACUCUGGAUAUAAAUGAUCAUUUAAGACAAAAUUUUAUUUCAACACAUUCCUCAUCUGUUAAACUUAGUUCAUGCAAUUUAAAUAAUUUAUGUGAAAGUUUGAAUGGUAAAUCUAUUCAAAGAACAGUUUGGCAGCUACUUGCUUAUAUAGAUUUUGAAGUCAAAUUCAUUUUAAAAAGGAAGACAGAAAACUCUGCUCUUGUAACUUACUUUCAGUUGUUAAAGCAACUUCUGAAUUGUUUAUCAAUAUCUAGCAGUGAUGUUAUGGAUACUAGUUGUAAUGAAGAAUCUAUUAAAGUUGAAAAUGACCAAAUUAUACCUACAGAAUCGGCAAUAGAAAUUUUCAAAGAUUUUUUAAAUCAUCCUACAAUUUUAAAACUGUUCCUAUUUGAUAUGAAGAUCGUUGAAAAUAAAUCGGAACACUUGAACAAUAGUGUCAUUCUUGCUACUAAACUUGUUCUGGAUGUUAUUCAAAAUGCACUCUCUUUAGGCAAUGAAAUGCUUUCUUCUUAUUUAAUACCCUUUAAAAAGAAAGUCCUUAAAUAUUUAUAUAGAGGCAAAAAGUCUGAAAUUGAAAGCAAUAUAGAACGUGCUUCUAUUAUUGGAACAUUUUCUCCAUUAUUUGGAACUAGUGAUGUGCGAGUUCUUUUAGAAAAUUUACUGACUUUUGAAAAUAAUGCUAUUACUGAUUUUGAUGCAUAUUUUUCAUCUUUAUGUUUACUUUUGCAAACAUUUAUUGAAAAAGAAGAAAUGAUUCUUUUAUCAUCAGACAGUAUUAAUGGAUUGAUCUUAAAAUUUGUUACCUUGCCCAAGAAAAAAAGAAAAAUACUUAGACAGUAUUUAUUAAAUCUUCUUCAGAAACAUCCCAUUUAUGGACUUUUGGUUAGUGAAGAUACUGCUCUUCUUUUGCUACAAAAUAAAUCAUUGAAAGAUUUAACAAUUUUGGGAACACUCAUAGGUUACAAUGACAAAUUUAGAAAAAUAGUUCAAAUUUUCAUCAGUGAUAAAUUUGAUGAAUCAGACAGCACUGAAUAUAUGCAUCUUGUAAGUAAAUGCCUUUGUAAUUGUUCAGAAGAUGAACAGGACAAUGAAUUUAAAGAUUUGAUAUCAUCCAACUUUUCUUCAUCCUUUGAAGACAUGGUAUUCAGUGAUAUUUCUGCUGAUUGGGAUAGUUUGUAUGAAUGUGGAAUUGGAAAAGCAAUGCAGUUACUAUUGCUUCGGAAGCAUCCAAAUCCAAAAAAGUUGCAAGAAUUCUGUAAGUUGAUUUUGAAAAAUCCAGAAAAUGAAAUUCCAAAUAAAUCAAAAAUGCUUAUAAUUCUGCAAGUAUUUGAAGCAUGGAAGUUUUAUUCACACGAAACAAAUAAAAUCAAGUUACAAAUAUUAAAAGUUUGCUGUAUAUGGCUUUCAUCUGGACUUAAUGAAAAUUUUAGAUGUUCUGAAUUGUUCAACUUCAUGAAGGAAUUAUUACAGAAUGUGAAUGAUUUUGAAAUAAGUAAAGUUGUCGAUGUAACAGACUUUUUCUCAAAAUGCUUGAAAUUUGCAUUAAAUUAUACUGAUAUUGGAAUAGAUUUACUAAAGAUCUUGAGUCUCUUAUGUGAAAAAGCAAAUGGAAAUAAUUUACCUGUACAAUCUUUACAUGGCUUACUUACUGGACAUUCUCAGUUUUUUGAAGUAAUGCUAUCUGAUGAAGGGGAUAAAAAUAAUCUGAAAGAGAAUUUAAUAAACCUGUUAAUUAUUCUGACAAAAUUGGAUGGCACUGUAUGCAAAGAAAAUCAUAUAGGUCUUCUUUUAUCUGCUUACGGAGCUUCUAUGGCUUCAGUUGAUCAAAAGUUGCUGUACCUUUUGAAGCUGUAUGCAGAUAAUAGCAUUAGCAUGAGUCAAUACAGCCCAUUUCUAUGGGGAAAAUCAGCAAUAUCACAUUAUUCAAUAAUGAAAACAUCUCAGAGUUAUUUGUGGAAACAGCCUAAAUUGCAAGAUAUCUUGAGUCUCCUUCUGCCGGAUAAGAUUGAAAAUACUCUUUUGUAUUUUCCUAUACAUAUGAAACUAGAACCUUCUUCAGAAUUAAUAGAGGUGGAAGAACAUUUAACAAAUAAAAUUUACGACAUGCGAUUCUUCCUGCCUUUGUUUGCUCAUUUGCUGUCUCCAGGUGCCUUUGUACACUGCAGUCAGUUUAUUCAGUCAAAAGCACCUCUACUCAUUUUCAUUUCUCUAAGUAGCAUGGAACCACCUGUUAGAGCCUUGAGUUUCUAUUGUCUCUCUCAGUUUUAUCAACAUUUAGAAGGUGCUUACUUCAGAGAAAAAGGAAUUUGGCUCUGUUUAUUGGACUCCUUGAGGAAUUCAAUAGCUUCAACAAAUCCAAAAAUACCCAAUAUUGUAUCUUUAUUCUUAGCUAGAGCUACUGAUAUUUUUACAAAACCAGAGCAUAAACUUUAUCGACCUCUUUAUACUUUUAUCUUGAGAAGACCUCUCCUGGAUAUUGGACAAGUCCCAGAAUUUUACAAUUUAUUCAACAGCUCUUAUAUUGAACAUCGCAUAUUAAGACAUUGGUUGCUGAAUCUGAUAGGAGAUGGAUUGAGAUCUUCCUUAGAUUUUCAUAUUUGUGAGAAAAGAUAUAUCUUUAGUUCUUUAUUGACUCAUUAUGUUAGCUGUUUAUCUACAAAUCAAGAAAAGGUUGCAAUUCUUCAGUGUUUAAAUUCUGCUGUAAAAAUAAAAUCAUCUGCUCAUACUCUUUGUCAGAAAGGUUUACUCAUUUGGCUUCAAAAUAUUGUAGAAGAAAGUGAUCUAGCAGAGAUUGAUGCGUUAAAAUCUUUAUGUGAAGUUAUGAGAAACCUCAAAGUGAAUGUUCCAGAUUACUUCAAUUUCACUCUUGUUUUUUUGAAAUUUAUUCCAAAGUUAAAGUUUCUGGAUAUUCAUACAAUCAAGACUUUGCUUUCAUCUUUACUUCAUUCUUUGACUACUAUGAAAAAUUCAGACAAAACUUUUUGGUCUUCCUAUAAAAUUUCAUUAGAAGAAAUAGAUCAAUUAUAUGAACUAUGGAAGUUCUUGGUUGAAAAAUUCCAGUCAAAAGAAAAGAGUGAUUCAGAAGAAAAAGUUUCUAUUGGAUUAGCAAAUAUCAAAGAAUGCUUUCUCCUUUGCUCUAAAAUUGUUACCUUUUGGGAGCCAUUAUUAGAAACAAGUACCUCUGAAUUCUUGUAUAAUAAGCAAAUUAAGUCAUUAAUCAGUAUACUAGAAUUAAUGUUAAAAAAGAAUGAUAAGUCUUCUUUUUAUUCCAGUGAAUUACCUAUUUGGCUUCUCAAGUGUGCAAUUGCAGACACAAAACAUGAACUUGUAAAAUUGUUCCUUAGUUCUGAAAAAAGUAAAAUGUUGUCAUUAGUUAUUCAAGUUUUUGAAAGUUGCUUAAAAGAAGAGCAAGGGCUUAAACUAUCAAAAGAGUACAGUUGUGAUAAUUGGAAGAAGUUUCUGCUCUAUCUAAAAGAUAUAUCAAGGAAUUCAAAUAUUACUUCCAUUUCACCUAUAUUUCAACAAAUCACUGAUGCUGUACAAUGAAAUUUAUUUUUUGUUAAUAUUCCAAGCUCUGUGAGCUAUUGUAAAGUGUCAUGUAAA